AGAAUGGGGGGGAGGGAUGAGAGGCACGGGAGGAAGCGAGGGAGGGACAGCCCUUAAUUAAAGCAUCGUGGCGUGUGUAUGGUAAAACCAGAGGGAUAAUUUACGUUUUAUUGAUAUUUUAAGUAUUAAGUGUUUUUACUCAGUGACAGGAUAACAGCAUCUCGGUGUGUGGGCCCUCAGCAGGCGGGUUGUUGUAGCUGACUCCUCGUCAUUGCUGAGUGUCCGGCCUGCUGAGAGGCGAAGCCGGGAGCUGGACUCUGAUCCAACUGGGACUUCGCCAUGGCGGUAAACCUGGACAAGGAAGCCUACUACCGCCGCAUCAAGAGACUGUACAGCAACUGGAAGAAAGGAGAGGACGAGUUCGGUAAAGUCGACGCCAUUGUUGUGUCUGUUGGAGUGGACGAAGAAAUUGUGUACGCCAAAUCUACAGCCAUACAGACCUGGCUGUUCGGCUACGAGUUGACGGACACCAUCGUCGUGUUUUGUGACACGAAAAUCAUUUUCCUCGCCAGCAAGAAGAAGGUGGAUUUCCUCCGACAGGUGGCCGUGACUAAAGGCAACGAGAAUGCCAACGGUGUGCCGCCCAUCACGCUGCUCACCAGAGAAAAGAACGAAAGCAACAAGGCCAACUUCGACAAGAUGAUUGAGGCCAUCAAGGGCAGCAAGGAGGGGAAGACGGUGGGGGUGUUCAGCAAAGACAAGUUCCCUGGAGACUACAUGAAGAGCUGGAACAGCGCUCUGUCCUCAGAGGGACUCGAGAGGGUGGACAUCAGCGCCGUGGUCGCCUACACGAUGGCGGUGAAGGAGGACGGGGAGCUAAACCUCAUGAAGAAGGCGGCGUCCAUCACCAGUGACGUCUACUCCAAGUUCUUCAAGGAGAAGGUCAUGGAGAUCGUUGACGCCGACGAGAAAGUGCGUCACAGCAAACUGGCCGAGUCGGUGGAGAAGGCCAUCGAGGAGAAGAAGUACCUGGGCGGUGCUGACCCGUCCACGGUGGAGAUGUGUUAUCCUCCCAUCAUUCAGAGCGGCGGCAACUACAGCCUCAAGUUCAGCGUGGUCAGCGACAAGAACCACAUGCACUUCGGUGCCAUCACGUGUGCCAUGGGGAUCCGCUACAAGUCGUACUGCUCCAACCUGGUGCGCACGCUCAUGGUGGACCCCACCCAGGAGAUGCAGGACAACUACAACUUCCUGCUGCAGGUGGAGGAGGAGCUGCAGAAGGAGCUGAAGCACGGAGUAAAAAUCUGUGACGCCUACAACACGGUUUUGGAGUACGUGAAAAAAGAGAAGCCAGACCUCGUAGCAAAGCUGACCAAAAACCUCGGCUUCGCGAUGGGCAUCGAGUUCAGGGAAGGCUCCCUGGUUCUGAAUGCUAAAAACCAGUACAAACUAAAAAAAGGCAUGGUGUUGAGCAUCAGCUUGGGUUUUUCUGACCUCGUCACUAAAGACGGCAAGAAAGAAGAGCAGAAAUACGCCUUGUUCAUCGGUGACACGAUCCAGAUCAACGAGGAGGAAGCUGCCACAGUACUCACACCAGUGAAGAAAAAGAUAAAAAAUGUGGCGAUCUUCUUGAAGAACGACGACGAGGAAGACGAGGAUGAGGAUGGUGACGAUGCAGAGGAGCUGCUGGGGAAAGGGGCUCGCAGCGCCGCCCUGCUGGCUGACAGAACCAGACUACUUGGGAAGAACGAGAUGACGGCAGAGGAGAAGAGGCGAGCUCACCAGAAGGAGUUGGCCGGUCAUCUGAACGAGGAGGCCAAACGCCGCCUGACGGAGCAGAAAGGAGAGCAGCACACCCAGAAGGCCAGAAAAUCAAACGUGUCUUAUAAAAACGUGUCUCAGAUGCCCAGAGAAAAGGAGAUCAGAGACAUGAAGAUUUACAUCGACAAGAAGUACGAAACUGUUGUCAUGCCCGUUUUUGGCAUCGCCACACCAUUUCACAUCGCAACCAUCAAGAACAUCAGUAUGUCUGUAGAAGGAGACUACACCUACUUGAGGAUCAACUUCUACGUCCCUGGCAGCUCUCUGGGACGACAGGAGGGAAACAUCUUCCCCAACCCCGACGCUACGUUUGUCAAAGAAAUCACGUACCGAGCGUCCAACCUGAAGGCUCCAGGUGACACGUCGGUUCCCUCCACAAACCUCCAGAAUGCCUUUCGCAUCAUUAAGGAGGUACAGAAGCGCUACAAGACGCGAGAAGCCGAAGAGAAGGAGAAGGAGGGCAUCGUCAAACAGGACUCGCUGGUCAUCAACCUGAACCGGAGCAACCCCAAGCUCAAAGACCUCUACAUCAGACCCAACAUCGCCCAGAAGAGGAUGCAGGGCUCGCUGGAGGCUCAUACUAAUGGUUUUCGUUUCACCUCGGUUCGCGGAGAUAAAGUGGACAUUCUUUAUAACAAUAUUAAGCACGCCAUCUUCCAGCCGUGUGACGGCGAGAUGAUCAUCGUUCUGCAUUUCCACCUCAAGAACGCCAUCAUGUUCGGUAAGAGGCGCCACACAGACGUGCAGUUCUACACGGAGGUCGGGGAGAUCACCACAGACUUGGGCAAACACCAGCACAUGCACGACCGGGACGACCUGUACGCUGAGCAGAUGGAGCGCGAGAUGAGGCACAAGCUCAAGUCCGCCUUCAAGAACUUCAUCGAGAAGGUGGAGACGCUGACGAAGGAGGAGCUGGAGUUCGAGGUGCCCUUCAGGGACCUGGGGUUCCAGGGCGCCCCCUACAGGAGUACCUGCUUAUUACAGCCCACGUCCAGUUCUCUCGUCAACGUGACAGAAUGGCCGCCGUUUGUGGUGACCCUCGACGAGGUAGAGCUGGUCCACUUUGAGCGCGUUCAGUUCCACCUGAAGAACUUUGACGUGGUCAUCGUCUACAAGGACUACAACAAAAAGGUCACCAUGAUCAACGCCGUGCCUGUGAACUCUCUGGACCCCAUCAAGGAGUGGCUCAACUCCUGUGACAUCAAGUACACGGAGGGAGUCCAGUCUCUGAACUGGACCAAGAUCAUGAAGACCAUCGUUGACGACCCCGAGGGUUUCUUUGAGCAAGGAGGCUGGUCUUUCUUGGACCCGGAGAGCGAAGGAAGCGGCGCAGAGGAAGACUCCGAGUCAGAAAUGGAGGAUGAAACGUUCAACCCAUCCGCAGACGAAGAGGAAGAGGAGGAGGAAGACAGCGAUGAAGAUUACAGCUCAGACACAGAAGACUCGGACUACAGUGCUUCACUUGGCAGCGAGGAGGAGAGUGGGAAAGACUGGGACGAGCUGGAGGAGGAAGCCAGGAAAGCUGACCGCGAGAGCCACUACGAAGACGAAGACACUUCAAACAGGAAGAGGAAGGUCCGAUCGUCGGCCCCGCCCACCAAGAAGAAGAGACGAUCCUAAACUUUUAACACACACACCACACACACACUGCCAAACCCUGUUUACUCUCAAACCUUUACCCCAGCUGGCUCUUUACACAAACCCUCUGUACAUAGAUGUAGACCCCCCCCAUCUCUUAAUUUUAUUUUUAUUUUUUUAUUUUUUCAUUUUCAUUCCUUGUUCUUUUG